UGUACCUGCUGCUUUAUGCUGGCCUGCUGCUGCGGGACAGCGGGCUGCUCCCUCUGCUGUGGCUGCUGCCCCAAGAUCCGACAGUCGCGGACCACCCGCUUCAUGUACGCGCUCUACUUUAUCCUGGUCGUCCUGCUGUGCUGCCUGAUGAUGUCGCCCACCGUGGCCAAGGCCAUGCGGGAGCACAUUCCCUUUUUUGAGGACAUCUGCAAGGGCAUCCGGGCCGGCGACACGUGUGAGAAGCUGGUGGGCUACUCGGCGGUGUACCGCGUCUGCUUCGGCAUGGCGUGCUUCUUCUUCGUCUUCUGCCUGCUCACCUUGGGGAUCAACACCAGCAAAGGCUGUCGGGCCUACAUCCACAAUGGCUUCUGGUUCUUCAAGCUGCUGCUGCUGGCGGCCAUGUGCUCCGGUGCCUUCUUCAUUCCGGACCAGAAAACCUUUCUGGAAGCCUGGCGCUAUGUGGGGGCCGUCGGGGGCUUCAUCUUCCUAGUCAUCCAGCUGCUGCUUAUGGUGGAGUUUGCGCACAAGUGGAACAAGAACUGGAUGGCUGGCACCGCCACCAACAAGCUGUGGUACGCGUCUCUGUCACUGGUCACUCUGGUCAUGUACUCCAUCGCCACCGGAGGCCUGGUGCUCAUGGCGGUGUUUUACACCCAGCUCGAGGGCUGCACUCAGAACAAGAUCUUCCUGGGCGUGAAUGGAGGCCUGUGCCUGCUGAUCUCGGUGGCUGCCAUCUCCCCCUGCGUCCAGAACCGACAGCCACACUCCGGGCUGCUGCAGUCUGGGCUCAUCAGCUGCUACGUGACCUACCUCACCCUCUCGGCGCUGUCCAGCAAGCCUGAGGAUGUGGUUCUCGACGAGCACGGGAAGAACGUGACGCUCUGCACACCCCACUUCGGCCAGAACCUGUUCCGAGACGAGAACCUGGUGACCUGGCUGGGCACCGGACUCCUCAUCGCCUGCAUCCUGUACUCGUGCUUGACGUCCACGACCAGAUCGAGUUCAGAUGCCCUGCAGGGCCGAUACGCAGCCCCGGAGCUGGAGGUGGCCCGCUGCUGCUUCUGCUUUGGCAACGACGUGGUCGAGGACCCCGAGGAGCAGCCGGCCAGGAAGGGGCACCGGCGCGUCCUCCAUGAUGAAAAACGGGGCACGGUGUACAGCUACUCCUACUUCCACGCCGUCUUCCUGCUGGCCUCGCUGUACGUGAUGAUGACCCUCACCAACUGGUUCCACUACGAGAGCGCCAGCAUCCACACCUUGUUCCGGGAGAGCUGGUCCAUCUUCUGGGUGAAGAUGGCCUCAUGCUGGACGUGUGUGCUGCUCUACCUGUGGACGCUGGUGGCGCCUCUCUGCUGCCCCUCUCGGCAGUUCUCCGUGUGACCAAGUGGCCUGUCCUCCUGACAGGCACACCAAGGCUUUCAGCGGCUCCUGGGCCCCAGGAAGAGCUGGCCCCUCUUGCCUGACUUAAGUGUGUCUCAAAAAGCCCUCAGGAGACAGAGUAUAUCCUGAUUUGCUUUUUAAUUCACACAUUGAUAAGAAAUUACUAUUUGUCUAAAGGAAUUGAAAUGUUCGUCCAGCGUUGGGAUCUUGGGAUAUACAUAUGUAUCUUGAUGUCUUCCCCCAGGACCCAGGUAGAACUUGUGUUACUGUUUUCCUUGGGUGCGUCUCUACCUAACCAGAAUCUGGGGCUCGCAUCUUCUCACGGGGGUAAGAUCACCUCACGUGGCCUGGCAUUCGCACCUUGGUACCAGAGAAACACAAACUCUGAGUCCUGGCCCCAAGAACCCGGCCGGCUCCAUGCUCUCCCUGCUGAGACCCCCCCAGUAUUUAUGGGGCCCAGAGGGAACAGCUGCCUCCAGCUCCCCUGGAGCACCUUUGGGUGCGGUGCUGGACAUCGCAGCCUCCUGCUUGCCCGCCUCCUUCACGGCCCGGCAGCCUCAUCAGAAUGUGAAAAGCACAACUCUUUCCCUGUCUCUUGCACGUGGGCACCCCCAUCUCCGCCCUCCCCUUGGCAGUAGGAAUGGUGCUUAUCUGGGCGUGGUCGCUCGUUUGCUCUGCGCCACAGCGAAGGCCACAGGUCCUUCUUGGAUUUGCUGUCACAGUAGUGCUCUGGGGGCCCCUAGGUGCGGGGCAGCGCUUCUGGGCCCAUGAAGAAGCAGGGAGCUUUGGCUCCCAGGUCAGUCCCUGGCCACCCUGCUAAUGCCCACUGUGGGUUCUUUGGAGCGACACGAGGGUCCCCAGCCAGUCUGUAGGUGGGGCUGUGGGGUGGGCAGCUGCUGUGACGGGAGCACACUGGUGGAAGGGGGAUGGGUUCUUGGGGGUGUUGGAGCUGCCAGCGAGGAGUGCCAGUCUGUGGAGGGGCCUUGGAGAAGGACGCCAGCAGCCACCUAGGACGUGUGUGCCCAGGAUCCUUGUCCUCAGGUGGGGAGGGGCCCACAGCAGGAGGGGUCUGCUGGGCCCGGGCCAGCGCUGGGGACCAUCCUGGGGACACUUCUGUGGCACGCAGCCUGGACGUCUGCUCUGAGCUCUUGGUACCAGCUGGGCAGAACUGGGCCCCACCUGCUGUUGUGUGGGUGGGCACUGAAGUUCCCUUUA